GGUGGUCGUGGAAAGGAUAAUAGCUGGAUCAUCACUUUCCCAGAAAAUGCCACUUUUAAUGAAAUUCCAGAAAGCGUUCUACAGAAAAUAUUAGCUUACUUAACCUUCAUUCCAAGUAAACAAGAAUCAAAUCUAAAAUUCAUGCUCAUAUUGGACAGACGAUUGGAUACAUGGACAUCGGUAAAAAUAACUCUUCAAAAAUUAUGUCAUUCGUUCCCUGGAAAUCUACAUCUGGUCUUGGUUCUGCGACCAACAGGAUUUUUUCAGCGAACUUUCACCGAUAUAGGAUUUCGCUUCAGUCAGGAGGAUUUUAUACUAAAACUUCCGGUUGUUAUGCUGAGCUCUGCUUCUGAUUUGCUGAGAUAUAUUGAUGAAAAGCAACUAACAACGGAAUUUGGAGGUACUCUGGAAUAUCGCCAUAGUGACUGGGUGGUUUUCCGAACAGCCAUAGAGGGAUUUGCACUGACAGUAAAAGAAAUUGCUCAGAGGCUACAAGCUUUUGGUACAGAAUUAGCUGAGACAGAAUUACCAAGCGACACAUAUUUAAUUGAGCGUAUUCUAACACAUCGAAUAGAAAAAUAUUGCCAAUUGAAGAAAGGCAUCACAUCAGUAAUGAAAGAAGGGGACUUACUUCUGAGUAGCAUUGAGGAGCCGAGCACCAGCUUUAUAGAAGAAGAUGCAAGCAGUGAAACCAACACGGACAGGGAUACCGUCAACAGGUUACUUGCCCAGCUGCAUGAAAUGGAAACAGCAUUUGAUGGGUUUUGGGAGAAGCACCAGCUCAAAAUGGAACAGUAUUUAGAAUUGUUGAAGUUUGAGCAGCAUUUUCAAGAGCUGAAGGAUACAGCUGAUUACCUGAUGGCACAACAGGCAAAUCUACCAGAUACAGGAGAUAAUCUCUCUGAAGUAAGACAAAGAAUAAUGGAAAUAAAUAGCUUAGAUGACAAAUCACAGGAUUUAACCAGAAAAUCACAAAUGGUAAUUUUACAUGGUCACCAGCUAGCCGCAAAUCAUCACUAUGCCCUUAAUCUUAUCUGCCAGCAAUGCAAUGAGCUGAGGCAUAUGUCAGACGUUUUGGCGGAAGAGAUCAAACGGAAGUACGCCUGCCUUUCUUCCACUCUAUGUCUCCAUAUCCAUCUACAGCAGACCCUUGAAAGCUGUGAUAAAGGGGCAUAUUUUCUCGCCAACCAGCAAAUGGAGAAAUGCCAGUCAAAAGAUGGCGCAGAAAAAGCUCUCCAGGAUGUGGAAAAGUUUCUAGAAAACUCCCCUCUCUACUUGAACUAUGAUCCCCAGGCACUACAGUAUGAAUAUGAGUCCAUCUUAACAGAUGAACUUAAGGCUCAGAUUCAAGCUGUUCAUAACAAGAUUGAAAAUGUCCGAGUUCUGUUUGAGAACAGACAAUCCUGUCUCAAGAAGUUGGCUGAUAAGCAUGUAAGACCAGUGCAGUUGGUGGCUCCGAGGCCUGAAAAUCCUCCAAGAAUCAAAUCACCCCUUUUUUCCCCAAAACAUGCUAUGGAUUUUAACUCAACCCUGAAGUUCUCUUUUGAUAUAACCUUACCUGGAAAAAGGACAACAAGAAAAAUUCAAACUUCCCGCAAGAUUGAAGUAAUGCAUGACUAUCAAGAGAAGCGCAACUCCUUACAGUUGUUUAUUUCUGAGAGUGAAGACAGCUUGGAUACACUGAAGGGACAUGUCAUCAGUGAGCUUAUUGAGACCGAAAGGAUUUAUGUAGAAGAAUUGUACACUGUCUUAUUAGGCUACAGAUCUGAAAUGGAGAACCCAGCGAUGACGCAUUUCAUGCCACCAUCACUGAGAAACACAAAGAACAUUCUGUUUGGCAACAUGCCAGAGAUUUAUGAAUUCCAUAACAAAAUUUUCCUGCUAAACCUUGAAAGUUGUAUUGGCGCUCCUGAAAAGGUUGGAAUGUGUUUCCUUGAAAGGAGAGGGGCUUUCCAAAUGUAUGAAAAGUAUUGUCAGAAUAAACCACGGUCGGAUUCGCUUUGGAGGCAGUUUUCAGACAGCGUAUUUUUUCAGGAAUGCCAAAGAAAGCUGGAACACAAACUUGGAUUGGACUCUUACUUACUAAAACCAGUACAACGUCUUACAAAAUAUCAGCUACUGUUAAAGGAAUUGUUGAAGUACAGUCUUAACUCAGAUGGAGUACAAGAUUUACAAGAAGCUCUGGUUUCAAUGUUAGAUUUAUUAAAAUCUGUGAAUGACUCCAUGCAUCAGAUUUCUAUAACAGGAUAUAAUGGAGACAUCCAUGACUUGGGCAGAAUAUUAAUGCAAGGAUCUUUUAGUGUGUGGAUAACACACAAAAAGGGUCCAACAAAAAUGAAAGAACUUGCUCGCUUCAAGCCCAUGCAGAGGCAUCUCUUCCUGUAUGAGAGGGCUCUGGUGUUCUGCAAGAAGAGAGCGGAGCUUGGCGAUGGACACGAUAAAACGCCUUCAUACAGUUUCAAGCACAUUUUGAAAAUGAAUGCUGUUGGUAUCACAGAAAAUGUAAAAGGAGAUGCUCGAAAGUUUGAGAUUUGGUAUAGCGGGCGAGAAGAGGUAUAUGUUGUACAGGCCCAGACAGUGGACCAAAAGAUAGCCUGGCUGACAGAAAUCAGAAAGAUAUUAACCAAGCAACGGGAGCUUAUAAAAGUAGAGAAGCAGAAGCAAAAUCCAUUCUCAGAUCAGCUUCUCCAAUCACCACAAACAAGUGAAAGAAAGAUGCAGAGAACUUCUGUGAGCUCUGAAGAAAAUGAUUCUGAAAACACUAGUCCUACUUUGUUGGAAGGCUUAAAUGUGUCACCUCAGCACAAACCACAUAGAGGUUGGACAGGAAUGUCACAGUCUGUAGAAAUUUGUGAGGGAAUUGAAGGAUGGUCAAGUAGUCAUUGCUCGUGUCCUUGUUCAGACACAGAAGAGGAAGACGGUGUCCAGUUGUCUCCAGGAAGAUACAAAGCACUGGCUGAUUGCAAGAAACGAGGCUCAGAUGAUAUGCUGGUGAAAAACGGAGACGUAAUACAACUUUUGCAAGAAGAUGGUGAAGGACAAUGGUUGGUGAAGAAUUUAAACAGGAAAAAGGAAGGCUGGAUCCAUGGAAACAACUUACAAAUUGUCAUUGGUGAAUGUAGGAUUCGGGCUGGCAAAAUAUCAGAUGUUUCCCUGUGUAAUUCAAGAAAGCUAAGUUCUCCAUAGACAGAAGUGAACAUUUGACAACACAUUUCCAAAGAAGGUCAUAUAGUUCAAAGGGAUUUUGUCACUGUAAAUAAAUUCAGAACCAGCUGCAUCCUAUUGAACCAUAUGUGACGACCCUCCAAAGAGAAGAAUGGGACAUCUUUUUUCAUAAUCACCUUGAGCACUUUUAUCAACACCAUUUUGUAAAAAAAACCCCCAAAAUAUUGCACAUUGGAUGGCUCAAUUUUUACUGUGUUUCACAAUUUCAUUUUUUUUUUUUUUUUUUUUCAUUGUGGAUAAUCAAGUGUUUUUAACUUAAUGUAAAUACUUGCACUGAUAUUUAUGAACAAUGCAAUUUAGGCUGCGACAUCAGGUUUUACCAUUUUCAGGUAAAAC